GUUUGAUAAGUCUUGUGAUCUACAGUAGCAAGCGGUAAACGUUGUGGCAUCGCAAGGAAAUCUUAAACUUGACGAAGAAACAUGGCCUCUGAAGUCGCGAUGACUCUUGAAGCAGAUAACAAGUCUUUCACGACUCGUUUUUGGGACCUGCCCGUAGCAAGGGCUGCCGUCGGUCAACUCACUGAAAUUUACAAUGCAGUGAAAGAACGAAAUUCGGUGACCAGAAUGGCUUGUAAUGCUGGUGAAAGCACGAUUCAGAUGGCGAAUGCUGCCACCAAGCCCAUAAUAGAAGCAGCAAACACCUAUUCACUGUCUAAACCCAUCGUUGGAACAGUUGAAUGCGCUGCUGCAACCAUUGACCGUGUUGCAUCAGAGACUCUGGCCAAGGUUGAGGAGAAAUGCCCCAUCAUCACCAAGACCCCCACUGAGAUCAAGUCAACUGUCACAAACACGGCAUCCGAGUACUACAAUAAAGUACAGAAUAGCUCUGUUGUCAAGAUGAUGGUUGCUACUACAGAUGGGAUGUUGAACAUCACUGAAGUUGUUGCUGAGGUAGCACUGCCAACUGACGGUAACUGUGAUGAAGACAUGAAAGAACUGGAAACUGCUGAUGAAGAUGCCUCUAAAGGAGCCAUAGUUAGAGCCCAGAACCUGAAAAGAAUGGUUUUGCGCAGAGGAAGGAGGAAGCUGAAGCAUUACAAAAACAGAGGAAAGACAACGCUUAUGUCCUACGGGCCAGUCAAGUUCAGUGUUGAUACGGUUAGCAGUUUACAGGAACAGGUAUCUGCCUUGAUUGGAAAGACUACUGAUGCCAGCAAAAAGGUGUACAGUGCAUCCAUGUACAUCCCCAACAUGGCCCUUGGACUCACGGGAGAAGUCAUCGUCUCGGCAAAGGAGUUGGUUUUUGCUCUUACCGAGGCUCACUCCAUCUCCGACAUGCCUGCUGCUGUUGGAAAUGUGAUGAUGAAGGCUGUUCAACCGAUUUCCGAUGCAAAGGACAGACUUGUUGGCCACGUCUUUGUUCCCCCACAAGUCAUGACAACCUACCUCCUCUCCUCUCGUCCCAUUCAGUGGAUUAUCCCCCAAAUUGUGUCCGUCGAAGACAUGAGCAACAUGGAACUCACAGUGGACGAAGUUGACACAACAGAAUCAGAAGGAAACGAAAACGAGAAAGAGUCAUCGUGAAAUUAUUACAAAUUUAUUCUUCCUAACUUAAAAAAUAAUUAUGUCACAUUAUCAUAUUUGUGAAUCCAAGUAUGCCCAGAAGAAAUCAAUAAUCAUUCUUUAUAACGUAACUUGGUGAUUUGUUUUACAGGCUUGCAUCUAAAUUAAAAUUUUUAUAUGCUAAAAUUCUUUUCAACCACUAGUUUAAUCAGAGAUGGACUGUAAUAAGAUAGUUGCAAUUCCUUGUUUGUUUAGAAAAUCCAAAAAGUAAAGCACUGGUACUGGAAAAAAUUUCUCUUAUUUUAGUUGUUAAGUAGUUUGAUACCAGUAACUUACUUGAAAGAAAUUGUACGUAAUGGUUUUUCUUUUAUAUUAUGAUCACUAGUCAGGGAAAGACAUUCAGUUGACGACAAGGACUAACAAUGUGAUUAGGCUGUUUAUGUUGUGCAAGAUAAAACAAAACAAGCGAAUCCUGACUAUUGUCUUAUUUGUAGAUGUGUGAAGGAGCAAUAAACUUUAUAUCAAACAA